AUAUCCGCAGUUACAACUCUAUAAUUGAUAUUAGUAUCUGAUAUUGCGAUUCAUAUACCAGCAGCUUGCUAUUUUAUCUGUAACUGAUAUAAUUGAGUAUUAUAAGAGUGUGCAAUAUGGCGAUUAUGACGCGGUGUGUUUGUUUCCCCAAUACUCGAAGCGGAUCAAUAGCUGCAGCAGUCUAUUCGUUGAUCUACAGCGUAGGAUAUAUUGCGAUAUGGAUCAUACAAUUCAUAGGUCUUCAAUCGAGUACCAGUGGUAUUGAGAAUGUUUCAGCUUAUGGAUAUGGAGUUUAUGCAGCUUAUAUCAUCGACAUUAUCGUACUUGGUCCCCUUUUCAUCACUUCAAUCAUCCUUCUUAUAGGCGUGUUAAAGAACACUAAAUGCCUACUGAUCCCUUACAUGGUGGCUAUAACAGCUUUGAUUGUCUUCCAAGCCGUUGCAUGGUUUGUUCAACUCUUUAGCUGGUACAAACUGAAUGACAAAAUAGAAACAUCUUUAUACAUCAGCCUCGCUGCCUGGAUUGUGCUGGCAGUUAUAAAUGUGAUAUGUCUUCUCUGCGUCAUUGCGCAGUACCAAACUCUCCGGGAAAGUUCUGACCAGGAACAUGACGUCACUGUCGCCUAUACACCCACCCGUCCAAAGGAUAUCACCGCACCGACCGAGACUACUGUGGCAUCGUACCCAGUCUAAAGCCAGUAAGCACAGCCAGCAGUGGUAAACAACACCAGCCUUGCUCUUAACACCUACAACUUACAACCAAUCGCUGUCCUAACAGACAAGAUGGACAUGCUCCUGUUUUAAUUUAGAUUAAUUUAAAAA